GCAGAUGGCAGUAGCGCGCCGUGGAUUGUUAUUGCAGGCGUCCUAAGAAAUCCGUAGAAGAAGAAAAUACAACUCGCAUGUGUUGAAGGCCAUGCGCAUUGGACUGCCAGCUUCAGAGACGCUGCAAGGUGGAUUCUUAAAAGCUUUGGUUUUGACGGUGUUGUUCAGCGUGUUUAUGUUCCAGUUGUUGAGGACUGUUGGACUAAGGGCGUUCUCCAUGGCAUCUGAGACCUACUUGUCGGGCACUCACUCUGCAGCUUUCGUCACCUGUCCUAAUGACACUGUUGCUAGAGACCUGGCCAGAGGUAUUGUGGAAAAGAAACUAGCUGCUUGUGUCAAUAUUGUGCCAGCAAUCAAAUCAAUAUAUGAGUGGCAGGGAAAAAUUGAGGAGGAUAAUGAGGUUCUUCUGAUGAUCAAAACAAGAAGUUCCAAGGUGUCUGCUCUUGCUGAAUAUGUACGCUCCAACCACCCCUAUGAAGUGGCAGAAGUCAUCAGUCUGCCUAUUGAACAGGGAAACCCACCUUACCUCAAAUGGAUCGGAGACGUUGUGCCUGAAUGAGUUGGACUGAGAAACAAUUGAUUGAUAGAAAUAUGAAAGAAUAGAAUUAUGUUUUGUUUUAAACUGUAGAACAUAUCCACUGCUUUAAUUUAAAUUGGGCUGCUGAACUGAAGAUGCAAAGACAAAGUUUCUGAUCGAUCCUUCCAGUUUUUACCACCAGAGGGCAACAUAAAACUGCCUUUUCAAAAGUACAUUUUUGGGUUUCAAUUUGUUUAAUGUUUAAAUUAGCUCCCAGUGUUUCUCUUUAGGGACUUGUACUUUUUUACGGUCACAAAAUAAAAAUAAAUAAUAUAUUUUUGGAGGCCCAUUCAUCUUGAAACCAUGUGGCAACAGUUAAGUCCUGUGAUGGAAAGUGAUAUUUUGUAACAUUAAAGUUUCACUUAACAUUUAUUUAGCUCACUGUCAACACAUACAAUUUUUUUUUGACACAAACUGAAUUAAAAGAUUUUUUUUUACAACAAAAAGUAUUUGAUGGAAAAUUUAUCCCAUUGAAUACUUUCCUGGAUAUACUUCAUAUCUAUAAAAAACAUCAAUUUAGAAAUGUAGAAUUGACAAAACAUGACAAAAUACACCAGUAAUACAUCAGUGUAAUUCACCUUAUUAAAUGGAUGCAAACUUAUGUCACAUUUUUUAAAAAUAUAUAAGCAGCCAUCUCAUAUUCACAUAUUUAAUUGUGUUUCCAAUGUUUUUGAGGAAAAUAAAAGGGUUGUAUUUAUGUCCAGUUUAACGGUCAAAUGCCUGUGUGGAGAGGUAGAGUCUGCCAACGGGCAAAGUUUAUCAAUGAAAACAUGAAUGUCUUUAUUAAACCAAAAUGGAAACACAA